CAGAAAUAUUUGACGCUGUACGAGUGUGGUCUCAGUCACUGAUCGGUGGGUUUCAGUCCGUGACGUCGGAACAACUGUAGUUGUUUUAAUAAAGUUGUAGUUAGCGUUAUGUUAUGUCUUUUAAUGUUCGUUCUGGAGCGUAAUAAUGGGAGUUCAGGGUCUGUGGAGGCUGCUGGAGAGCACAGGGAAACCCAUCAACCCUGAGACACUGGAAGGAAAAAUCCUUGCUGUGGAUAUUAGUAUUUGGUUGAACCAGGCGGUUAAGGGGCUGAGGGACCGUGAAGGUAACAGCGUGCACAAUGCACACCUCCUCACUCUGUUCCACCGCAUCUGCAAGCUGCUCUUCUUCCGCAUCAGGCCGGUCUUUGUGUUUGAUGGUGACGCACCGCUGCUGAAGAGGCAGACGCUGGCUCUGAGGAGGCAGAGGAAGGAGGAGUUGAGCCUCGAGUCCAAACAGACCAAGGAGAAACUUCUAAAGACAUUCCUGAAGAGACAAGCUAUCAAAGCGGCACUUGGAGACCGCAGUAAAGAUCCUCUGCCCAGCCUCUCCAGUGUGAGAAGAAAUGAAGUGGAUGAAAUGUAUGUGCUACCAGCCCUUCCACCUGCAGAGGAGGAGGAGGACAGAAGCAGUUCAGAAAAAGAGGAGAAAGAUGAGAUGGAGGAGAUGGUUGACUAUCCUGCGUAUCAGGAGGGUUUUUGUGAAGAUCCCAAGUCGGUGAACAUUAACUCAGAGGAGUUUGCUAGCCUGCCUGCUGAAAUAAAGCAUGAUAUUCUCAAAGAUAUGAAAGAGUUUUCCAAAAGACGUCGAACCAUGUACUACAAACCCCCAGAGCAUUCAGGAGACUUUUCUCAGUACCAGUUGGCCGGCCUGUUGCAGCGAAACCAGCUUAACCUGUGUCUGGAGGGCGUGGAGAAAGAGAUGUGCCAGCGGAGCUCUGGCAGUGCUCCCCAACUCUGUCAGGGGGACACGGAUCAACAGAGCAUAGAGUCACAUAGAUUGGUUUCAGAAGACUUCUCACAUUAUAUCCUCAUUAAAGGUUCCACAAAGAGCGAUACUGUUACAGAAAGUCAGCCUGCAGCUGCGCUGUGGACCGGGAGCUCCUUCUCAGGUUUCAAAAGACGAGGUGUUGACAGAGGCGAGCCCCUGUGGCGGCCUGCUGGUCAAGAGGAAGAGGAAACGAGUGGCCCCUCGUUAGAAGAAAUGAAACCCGCUGUAUCAAAGCCCGCUGUGUCCUCUCAGGGCGACACGUCGCCCCCGUCCCCUCGGACGCUCAGGGCUAUUCAGAGUGCGAUGAAUGACAGUUCAGAUGAGGAGAGUCAGAGUGGAAGUGUUUCUCCUCGCACUCUGCUGGCCAUCCAGCAGGCUCUGGAGGGUGACGGCGCCGCCGAGAGCAAAACUCUGAACAGCGUGUCGACCACUGAGGCUCAGGUCCAUUUUCAGCAUCAUGUGCCACCAGUGGUUAUCAGCAUUAUAGACGAAGAGGCAGAGCUGGAGAAUGUGCCAAAAUUUCUUAAUUAUAAACCCAAUAUAAAUUUAAAUUGUGAGGGAAAGCAGAGAGGUCAGAAUGCAUUUGUGACAUGUGAUUUGUUUGUUAGCGGUUCUGAAGAUGAGAUGGAAGAUGUGAUAGGGCAGAGAAACAGAGCGCUUCAGCAACAGUUUGACAGAGAAAAAGAAGCAGAGAGCAACAAGGAGUCAGAGGUGAAGUCAGAAGACCAGACUUCUACUGACAGGAGAAGACAACCUGAACAACAGGGAGAACCGGAGAAGAACGAAUCGGACCACGGACAGAUGACUUUAAGCUUGAGUCAUAAGAACGACCAACUUCGCAAAACUGUUGCUGCAGAUAAAAACACUUUAUCUGUUAAUCUUUCUGCUCAGCUGUCUGGAAAUCCAUUCAGCGUGGCAGAGUGUCCAUUCCUGCAAGAGCAGAAACAACAACAUACUCCAGUUCUUGAGGACAAGGUUGGAGAUGGUGUGAACUCAAAGGGCAGCGAGGAAAGCGAUUCUGAAGAGAGCUUUGUUGAGGUGUCAGAGGAAGAAUUCAAAGAAGAGGAUGCGGAUGAUUCACCUACAAAGAGUAGACAAUCUCCAGAAGAUGUUCAUGAAAAUGGGACCAAGAGUGAAGAAAAACCAGAAGACAGUUUGACAGAAGACAUAAACAAGCAGACAGAAGAGAAGGACGUAAAAGAGGGAACACAGACAGACUCCAGUUUAACUCCUGCCACCAAUGAGUGGGAACACUUUGAUCUGGAGGAGCUGGAGACUCUGAAAAAUUCUCUGCAGGCCGAGCAGAGCAGCCUGAGGGAGCAGCAGCAACAUCAGGAGAGGAUGGCCAACACAGUGACUGGACAGAUGUGCCUGGAGAGUCAGGAGCUGCUGCGGUUGUUUGGCGUGCCGUUCCUAGUGGCGCCGAUGGAGGCCGAGGCUCAGUGUGCGGUGCUCGACCGCGCUGACCAGACCCACGGGACCAUCACAGACGACUCUGAUGUGUGGCUGUUUGGAGGACGACACGUAUACAAGAACUUCUUCAGCCAGAACAAAUACGUUGAGCACUAUCAGUUCAGUGACCUGCAGAGCCAGCUCGGUCUGGACAGGACUAAACUCAUAAAUCUGGCCUACCUGCUUGGCAGUGACUACACAGAGGGCAUUCCAGGGGUCGGACAUGUGACCGGGAUGGAGAUACUGAAUGAGUUCCCUGGUCCAGGCUUAGAACCUCUCAGACAGUUAAGUAAAUGGUGGUCAGAGGCUCAGGACAAAAAGCGCUUGGUGUCUGACCCGCGGGACUCGAAGGUUAAGAGGAAACUGAGAGGCCUCAAACUGCCGCCGGGGUUUCCGAACACUGCAGUAGCUCAGGCCUACCUGCAGCCUGCUGUUGACCAGUCAGACAGCUCAUUCAGUUGGGGACGCCCACAGUUCGACCUGAUCAAAGAAUUCUGUCAGAGUCGUUUUGGCUGGAACGCUCGUAAGACUGAGGAGACCCUUCAACCUGUGAUGAAGCAGCUCAAUGUCCAACAGACUCAGUUGCAGCUUGACUCAUUCUUCCGCAUGGAACAGCAGGAAAAGCAGAAAAUCCGUAGCCAGCGACUCCGCCGCGCAGUCACCUGCCUGAAAAGAAAGGAGAGGGAAGGAGCAGAAGAGGAGGACACAGAAGAGGAGAUCCCUUCCCCAUCAAAAUCUAAGAAGCCUAUCAUGAAGAGUCAGGAGAGAGGCAGUGGAGGAUUAGGGGAGGGGCCUGUGAUAGGCGGAGGGUUUCUGGGAUCAGGUGCGAUGGAGGAACCUGCUCUUACGUCUCUGAAGGAUGUGAGCUGCAGCAGACAGUGCAGUGAACCUGGCGCCUCUCAGAGACAGAGCAGUAGCACGUCUGGAGAUGACAGUGAUGGCAGCAGCAACGUUCCUAUGGUUACAGCCCGGUCUGUUUUUGAGGGUGGCCAGCAAGGUCGCAGCACCAAAAGUAUGAGAGGUAGAGGAAGGGGAAAGAGGAAGAAGGAGUGAGGAAGAUAAAACUUUAG